UCCUGUUCACGAGAGGGAGAGCCGCCGCCGCCUCCUCCCCUUCCAAACUCACGCGCUAUCCUCUCUUCCCCGCCUCCCCUCGCGUUGCAGGCCAUCCUCUCCGUCCGCCGCCGCCACCGACCAGCCGUAGCCGCGCUACCAUCCCCUACCUGUUCCUCUCCCGUGGCACAUCCCCUCCAUGUUCCUCUCCCGUGGCCAUCCUCCUCCUCUCAUCCGAGACCGGGCAGGAGGAUGAGUGCCCUCCCUCGUGACCGCCUCAACGGGAGAAGGGCUUCCGUCGUUGCUGCCGACGAGGACAUCGUUGGUGAGCGCAGUGGCAGCCAUGGAUGAGUUCGAGCCCGAGUGUGUGGGCGCGUUGGUGAGCAUAGUGGUAGCCAUGGACGAGUUUGAGCCCGAGCGUGUGGGUGCGUUGGUGAGUGCGGUGGCAGCGGCGGUCGUCCCCGAGCUCGAGCCCGAGCGUGGCGGCGCGUUGUUGAGAAUGGCGACGGCCUGGCCAUGGCCGAGCUCGAAUGUCUCGUUCUCCGAUGACUCAUGCGCAUGCCAUUUUCUUGAUUUGGCCCGUUCCCCUCUCUGCUCUGCUCUGCUUUGCUUUGUCCGCAUAUCUCCUCUGGUCGGCUCCGAUGUGUUUUUCCUGAUUUGGGUGUUCGCGAGAGAUGGGAAACUGCCGCGUGACGCCGCCGGCGGCGCCGGGAUGCAGCAGAAGGAGCCGAAGCAAAGGAAGGUCAAGAAGCCCAACCCCUUGUCGCUCGAGUACAGCCGGUCGGGGGCCUGUGCUGCGGGAGCCGGGAGGCCACGACACGUCGCUGGGAGGUACGAGCUGGGCGGUGAGCUAGGCCGCUGGGAGUUCAGGGUCACAUACCUCUGCACGGACCACGCCACCAGGGACGCCCUCGCCUGCAAGUCCAUCUCCAAGAAGAAGCUCCACACCGCGGUGGACAUUGAGGACGUGCGCCGCGAGGUCGAGAUCAUGCGCCACCCCCAAGCACCCCAACAUCGUCACCCUCAUGGACACGUACAAGGAUGACAAUGUCGUGCACCUCGUCAUGGAGCUCUACGAGGGCGGGAGCUCUUCGACCGGAUCGUCGCCAGGGGCCACUACACGAAGCGCCGCUGCUGUGAUCACCAAGACCAUCAUCGAGGUCGUGCAGAUGUGCCAUAAGCAUGGAGUGAUUCACCGGGACCUCAAAAGAAAGAAACCGCCGCACUAAAAACAAUUGAUUUUUGGCAUGUCUGUUUUUUCACUCCAGGUACAGUCAUGAUAUCCUAUAUUAGCUAUCACUGAAGUUUUCCACUUUAGCCCGUCUGUCACUUGUUGAUGAUAUUGUCAGAGGACAAAGCUAAUAUAGUAGCUUGUCUUAUGCUGUCGGUUUUUGCUU